CUCAACCUCACUCCAGUUCCGUCCCCUGGUUUACACUGCGAAUCGUCCCCGACAUUCCAUUAUCAGUACCACCAGGCACUUGCCAAACACUACAAUGGAUCGGACACAACCAGAAGACGGCAAGGGCCACAAACGGACCCGGUCGGCCGUCAAAGCCACCCGCCCUCGCUCCUCCACCAAAGGUCCGCUCGACGCCGCCGACCCGCUAGCCCCACCACCAGCAACCUCCCAACCAUCAACCACCAUCCCACCACCAUCAUCAUCAUCAACAACCACCACAACCCCAGCACCCACCCCCCCAUCCCCCAACCCACAGCUCAUCCCUCAGCCAACCCCCAGAAUGCACCCCUCUCACACCCCCCGCGCUGCUUCCCCCCUCCCCCGUUCCCCAGCACUUUCCCCGACACCAGGAACUCCCCGCCGGCCACCCCCAGGCAGCACCGCCCCCCUCCGACCAAAAGACUUCUCCUUCCUCCUCCGCCCCGAAAUCUUCCACCCCCUCACCCCACUCAACAUCCCCCCCGCCUUCCGCAACUCAACCAAGCAACCGCCGCCCGAAACCCCCCUUCCCGAACUCUUGGAAAAGGGCCACUUCCGCGCGGCCGCCAUAUCAGCCGUGCAAACCCUCACCGGAACAGGCCGCACCCCCCAGCAGCCGGACCCGUCGGACCACGUCAGGAUUUUUGACCUGCUGUACACCCGGUGGGCCUGCCUGACCUUGAUCAACUCGACCGACUUGGCGGCGCAGGAAGUGAAAGCGUUGGGGGAUCUGAACAGCGCGUUUUAUCUCUCUGAGGAUCCCACGUCGGGAAAGACACAUCAUCUUGUUCCGUGGGGGUUGAGGGUGUUGAAUGUACGACUGCAGGCGAUUGGGUUUGGGGAUUUGAGGCGGGCGGUGAUGAGUUAUUAUGAGCUGGCGAGGGAGGCGAGGGUGAAGUUGGGUGAGGCGAUGGGGGAGCAUGAUAACUCUUCGCGGGAGCUGUGGAGGGAGAGGUUGGAGGAUUUGGGGGUGAGGGUUGCGGGGACGUUGGUGGAGAUGGGGGAUGUGAAGGGGGCGGGGGAGCACUUGAGGGGGUUGAAGGUUGGGGAUGGGGGGAAGAUGGAGAUGAUGAGGGCGUUGCUUUGGUUGAGGUUGGGGGAUGUGGAUGCCGCGAGGGGUUGUGUGAUGAAUGGGGAGGGGAGGGGGGUCACGAGGGGGGAGAAGGUGGUUUUGGCCUUGUGUGAUAUGGCGGAUGGGGAGUAUGAGGAAGCGGUGGCGAAGUGGAGGGAGUUGGAGGAGGAGGAAGAGGGUGAUGAGAUGGUGAUGGUAAAUCUGGCCGUUUGUUUGCUUUAUGUGGGGAGGAUGCAGGAGGGACGAGCAUUGUUGGAGGGAAUGGUGGAUGCUGGUCGGUCGUCGCAUACUUUGUUGUUUAAUUUGACGACGAUGUAUGAGUUGUGCACGGAGAGGGCGCGCAGCUUGAAGGUCAGAUUGUCGGAAAAGGUGGCGGCGAUGGAAGAGACAAAUGAUGGUUGGGAGAAGACGAAUGCCGAUUUCAAGUUGUGA